CAGACCGCACACUCUGCAGUCUACAUAUUGAAGUUAUAGAUUGACGAGAAAAUAAAAUGCAUAUGCUGGUGCUUGGCCUGAUUCUUGCGAGUACUGCUCAUUUCUGCAUGGGUCAAACUCCGCCCACUGCGUCAGAGAAUUUUCCGCACUAUAUUGCGCUGGAUGGUCCUCAAAAUGUUUGGCUGUUUUGGAAGUUUACAGACACGCAUAUCACUUUAGAGUUGAAUGUAAAAACUCUGGGCUGGAUCGGGGUCGGUAUAUCUUCUGCUGGGGCAAUGACAGGAUCUGAUAUAUUUGUUGGUUGGGUCAAAAACGGAAAAGCUUAUUUAUCGGACCGCCACGCCACUGCUAACGCGUUCCCACCAAAAGAUACAAUUGAAAACUUAGAAUUACUAGAAGGUUCUGAAUGCAAUGGACGGACGGUUAUUAAGUUUCGAAGACAACUGGCUGGCUGUGAGUUGACUCAAGAUCGCCCUGUAACGGCGGAUACCGCUCGUAUUAUUUACGGAUAUGGACUCGAAGAUCCGACAGGAGACGACAUAGUUGCCAGCGACUACCAUGGAGCAGUUCGCCGAGGAUCAAGAAGCGUUAUUCUGCUGGAGUCUCGUGUACUGCGUCCAGUACCGGCUAACGAACAGCACCAACAUUUCGAUUUAUCCAACGAAGGUAUACAAGUCCCAGUUGUGGAUACAUACUACAACUGCAGACUUUUCAAACUGCCAGAUUUUACCAAAAAGCAUCACAUCGUUCGAGUCGAACCCAUUAUUCAAGCUGGGUACGAGCAAAAUGUUCACCAUAUUGUCGUGUACCAGUGUUUAAAUGCACCUCAGGACUUGACCGUCGUGGGUAGAAAUGUUCAAUGUUACACUGCCAAUAUGCCGCAAGAUUUUCGGAACUGUGAACUCGUUAUAUCAGCGUGGCAUAUCGGUGGCGGGCCUAUGGUUUACCCAAAUCACGCUGGCUACCCUCUUGGCACUCCAGAUGAUCCAAAAUAUAUUUUAAUGGAGACGCAUUACGAUAAUCCUACUCUUCGAUCAGAUAUAGUGGAUUCGUCUGUUAUGAGGUUUACGUAUACCGAAAAUCUGCGAACUUUUGACGCUGGAGUGUUGGAGGUUGGCCACAAAGUAGAUCCGUACAGACUUAUCAUUCCCCCCAACGCCAGGUCUUUUCUUGCACCUGCUGAAUGCAGUUCUAACUGCCUUACUGAGGCACUUCGUGAGCAAAAUUUCCCAGACAUAAAAAUAUUUGCGAACUUUCUGCACAGUCAUGUCGUUGGUCGUAGUCUUGAACUCAAGCAUAUCAGGAACGGGGUCGAGCUGCCCGUAAUAUCCAAAGACGAUUCUUAUGAUUUUAAUUUCCAAGAGGCGAGGUACCUUGCCGAGGAAAGAGUGAUCAAACAAGGCGAUAGCUUACAGAUGGUGUGCAACUACCGAACGAUCGGGAAACGAACUAACGUUACCAUUGGGGGCUUAUCUACGAGCCAUGAGAUGUGCCUUUCUUUUGUCCAGUAUUACCCAAAGCUGCAGAUCAGCGUUUGUGAUAGUCUGCCUGAAAUAAAUGCACUCAUGGGCACAGUGGGAAUUACCAAUUUCACGUUUACUUCUACAAAUGGUCCCUAUGGAUCCCUUGCUGACAUUUUGGUGCGAGCUCCGCCGGCAAUGGCUGGAAAAACUGCGGAGCAAGUUUUUAACGAGAAACUAUGGGACGAAGCAAGCGUCGAUGAGUUUAGUGCCAAAGUUUCCAGUGUGAUGAGAAAACAGUUCUGCAAAAAUAACGACCACAUUCCACCAAACGUCAAUAAUCUGAUCACACCGUUGGUUAUAACUACGCCACAUCAGCCUGCUGUCCGACAAUGUACUGGCCAGUCUACCGGUUUCAGUCCUUCUGUUCCGCAAAAGACCUGUGGAGCUACUUUCCUAAGUGCAAGUUUCAAACUUGCUGCCGUUAUGCUGGCUCUGGUUUCAUGGGUUCUAAUGUCUUAAAAUAGAACCUUCGUGGAGUCGAACUAACUGUUAAUGUUUACCCAUCAUAACUAAUUUACACAUAUAGUAGGCUGGAAAAGAUGGGACACUGGAUUUUUCCGUCCCAUUUGGUAGUAAACAAAAUUAACCAACGAAUUAUAAAACCGGAUUCUAUAGACCGUUAUUUAGUGUUUAAAAUACGAUCGGGAUAUUUAAAUUUUAUGUGCUAAAGGUGUCCCAUCUUCCCCACCCUAGUAUAAAACUAAUUUUAGUUUUACAAUAUUAACACGUAUGCCUUACUUUGUGGAAAUGGAUUAAUAUUUGAUGUGUAACACUCACAAUACGUCGUUAAUGGAAUAUGUGUAUUCUGUUUUCAUAGAAAUACUAAAAACAAUAAUUUAGGUACAAAUAAAUUACGCGAAAAAAACAUUCAGAUUU